UUUUCUUUUUAAAAUGGCGGCCUCCAGAAUGUUAAAAUGGCCGCUCACUGCGGUAACCUCAUGCUGCGGCUUCGCCUGAAUGUGUUCAGCAACGCGCUACUUCGUGGUUCCGGGCAAGCAGUCUAUGUCCAGCAGAGGUUUGCCAAGCACUGGAAUCCGAAAUGGAAGAAGCAAAGAAGAGAAAAGGUCAUAAAAGUAGAGCUGCCUGACUUCGAGCAGUUCCGGAUGAAAGACAGACUCACUCCCGAAGAGGCACGAUCAAAACUCAAGGAGAAGGGCGUCGCUCCCGGAAGGGUGUGGAUGGAGAGGCCAAUCUACACAAGCUGUUCGGGCGGUCUGUUCGAUCCCUACGUGCCUCCUGAAGGCGACGGCAAGAUGUCCCUCCUGUCGCAAGAGGGCGCCAUGCAAAGGAUGCGCCGCCUCGAGAAAAAAGGCCGAUCGGUGAUGAACGUCCGCAAGAUCCGUUCCUACGAGGACGACUUUCACCUGGCGGAGUUUGCGGAGCAGGCCCAGCAGAUCUACAUCGACGUUCACCGGGCACUUGCCGAGAAGAAUAAAGACAAGCUUCACGAGCUGGUGACAGAAAACUGCUAUCCAGAACUGAUGCAGAACGUGGUGAACAAGAUGCUGCGCUGGCAGUUCAUCAAAAGCCUGGAGCCGCCAAGGGCAGUCCACGUGCGCUGCGAGGACCUCAUCAGCAAAGACAACAUGUUCGGCCAGGUCACCGUGCGCAUGCACACGCAGCAGACCCUGGCUGUGUACGACCGCUUCGGACGCCUGAUGCACGGCAGCGAAGUGAUGGCAAAGGACGUCCUGGAGUACGUAGUCUUCGAGAAGCACCUCUCCGACCUGUACGGUACCUGGAGGGUACACUCCAAGAUCAUCCCAGAAUGGCAGCCGGUCAAGGACCCCGUCUUUAAGACUUAUGUCAAGCCUGAGCCUGAGCCAGAGCCCCAAGAACGGACCAAGGAGCACCCCACGGAGCAGGCGGCUCACGCCUCGCAAGACUCUUCGGGACAGGCCUUUGCCACCGCAUAGGCCUUUCUACAGACAGAUGGCUAUUGUCAUAGUUAUUGCUCAUAUAAAAUGCAUACAUUAUACCGAGUCGCA